AUGGUUGAGAAGGAAAUGCCAACUUUAGACAGUGAUGAGCGCCUCAAUAAUCUGUUUGACAUUGCCAAGGCUUCUAACUUGAAGGAAGCAUUUGAUAAAAUUCAAAACGUUAAAGAAACAUCAUUGGCUCUCUACAACAAAUUCAAUGAUAAAAAAUAUGGCAAAAUUCAAGAAAAAUUUAAAAAUGCAAAACUCAUGGAGGAAGAAAAAUUAUUUGACAAAAAUUAUCUGACUGGGUUAUUCAACAAGUUGUGGGGACAUUUUACCGAAAAGAGAGAAGUUGAGGGUAAUGUCCUUGACGAUGCCAUUUCAAUUUGGAAGUCUUUUGCUCUUAAUUUUAAAAUUGCGUCAUAUAAUGGAUGCUUGUGUUGUAAGAAAGAGGAUGGCAAGAAAUAUAGUAAGUGA